CCCGUGCUCGGUCAGCCGCGGCAGCGACGCAAACGGGGCCUCGAGGACUGGUCUAUGAGAAGCAUGGAGAGCCGGCUCAGGUCUUACAAAGAGGAGUGGGUGCUAACUUCUACAAACUGAACAUUUUUGAGUUAUCAGGACCGUUCUGUUGAAACAUCCAGUCCCAUUUUAAUUCCAGAACCUAAAAAACGUAGCUUUAGACAAACUCGGGGAUUCUGGAGUCCAUGUGAAAAUGGUUGCAGCUCCCAUCAAUCCAGCAGACAUCAAUAUGAUUCAAGGAUCCUAUGGCAUCGUUGCUGACUUACCAGCAGUUGGAGGGAACGAAGGAGUUGGGCAAGUGAUGGACACAGGAAAUUCUGUGACGACUUUGAAACCCGGAGACUGGGUGAUUCCAGCUGAUGGAGGACUUGGAACUUGGCGGACAGAAGCGGUAUUCGAUGAGAAAACUCUGUUGAAAAUCCCACCGGAUAUUCCGUUGACUUGUGCUGCCACAUUGGGUGUUAACCCCUGCACAGCUUAUCGGAUGUUGUCUGAUUUUGAGACUUUAGAACCAGGGGAAUCUGUCAUCCAAAAUGCAGCCAAUAGUGGAGUGGGACAGGCUGUAAUCCAGAUUGCAGCAGCCAAGGGCAUCAAAACAAUAAAUGUAAUAAGAGAUAGACCAAAUCUCCAGGAUCUUGUAGACAGGCUUAAGUCCCUUGGAGCAGACUUUGUGAUCACAGAGGAGACGCUAAGAAAACCAGAAAUGAAAGAGUUGUUUAAGGAAAUUCCUAUGCCCUCAUUAGCUCUGAACGGUGUUGGAGGGAAAAGUGCUACUGAGCUGAUGCGUCACUUGAGGCAUAGUGGGACCGUGGUUACCUACGGUGGGAUGUCAAAACAGCCUGUGACUGUCCCAGUGAGUGCACUGAUCUUUAAGAAUGUCAACGUUCGUGGCUUUUGGAUGACCCAGUGGAAGAGGGACAAUGCCCACAGCAAAGAGAAGCUGGAAACAAUGAUAGCCGAGCUAUGCACUCUCGUUCGAAAGGGUCAACUAAUUGCUCCAGCCUGCCGGGAAGUCCCUUUGGUAGAUUACCAAACAGCUUUGAAGGUUUCCCAGGAACCCUAUGUCUCUGUUAAGCAGAUCCUGCGGAUGUGAAGAUGGUCCGAUGGGAAAAUAACAGACAAUAUUUUCCAUGGAUUUCAAUCCCAGGAAGCUUGAGUGAUUCAGAAUUACAGAACCGAUUUAUAUCCUCACAUCCAUCUUCCAGCUCAACAGGGACAGGCAGAGGAAUGGGGAGAAA